CGAAUUUUAAGAGAAUAAAUAUACGUAAUUAUUCAAUAAAACAUCAAAAGAGAUCUAGAAUUAUUGAUAUAUUACUCUUCUCUUCUGCAUCUCUUGGUUUAUACGCUUUAUACUCACACUUUAGUCACAAUCAAUCUUUACCUUUAAUUUCAACCAAUAGUUUCACUAUACCAACUAAAAAUAAAGAUGGUAUACCUACGAUUACAACUAUAAAGAAGCUUUCUUCAAACGCUAUAAAUCAAUUACUUAGAGCCAAUGAAUCAGCUACUUCAAUUAAUAGACCCGGUUCUAGUUUAAUUAAAGAAUAUCAUAAUAAUUCUAUUUCUUCUAACAAUCCAAUAGAAGAUAGGUCUUCUCAAAUCUUUUUAGAAAGGGAUUUCAAACCGAAAGAUAUUUCAGACUUCUGUAGGAAGGGCGAUUUAUAUUUCUUUUGCGUUUUCGAUGGUCAUUCUGGGUUUAAAACUUCAGAUCUUUUAUCCAAAUCUUUAAUUCCUUUCACUGUUUUACAUUUAUCAUCAUUAUUCAAUAAUAUUCAACCAACAAGUUCAAAUUAUUUUGAUAACCUCAAAAAUAAAUUCCUACCGAUCAACUUUAGUAAUCCUUUAGAUUCUCAACCUAAGUUUGUUAUACAAGCUAUAAAAAACGCUUUCAUAAGCUUAGAUAAUGCUUUAUUACAAGCUCCUAUAAAUACUUUAAAUCAAUUACCAAAAACUAUAUCCCCACCAAAAUCCCCUGAUGAAUCCUUAUUGUCAGUAUUAUCAGGUUCAUGCGCUUUAAUGGCUUACUUUGACGAAUUGCGUCAAGAUUUAUAUAUUGCAUUAACAGGUGAUUCAAGAGCUGUAGCUGGUUAUUAUGAGAAUGGUAAAUGGAGAGUCGAAGUUUUAACAAAUGAUCAAACCGGUAAAUCUAAAUCAGAAAUCCAAAGAAUUCAAUCUGAACAUCCUUCAGCUGAAUCACCAUAUGUUAUUCAGCGUGGUAGAGUGUUAGGUGGUCUAGAACCUACCAGAGCUUUUGGUGAUGCGCGGUAUAAAUGGUCUGCACCACUACAAUCACAACUUUCAAAUGCACUGUUACCUCCUUCUUACCCCAUAAGAGGACCACCAAGAGGUUUACUUACCCCUCCUUACGUUACCGCAGAACCCGAAGUAACCCAUCGUAAAAUAGACAAAACAAAUAAACCUCAAUUCUUAAUUCUAGCUACAGAUGGUCUUUGGGAUAGAUUAUCAAAUGAAGAAGCUGUUGCUCUCGUUGGUAAGGCCUUAGAUGGAACAGGGCCUUUAGGUGGUUCAAAAGGUAAAUCAAUUAUGAGUAAGUCAGAGUUACUAGAAAACGUCGUAUCGAUAAAAGGCGAUAAACAAAUUCAAAAACCAAUUCAAUCGUCAAAUCACAAUCAAACAGUAAGUGAAUCUGAUGAAAGUCAAUACAUCUUCAAUGAAUCAAACCUUUCAACAUUAUUGAUUAAAAAUGCACUAGGUGGAGCACAUGAAAACCAAGUAUCUGCUUUACUUUCAAUACCUGCGCCACAUUCAAGACGAUUUUUUGACGAUACAACUGUUUCCGUUAUCAUUUUAAAUGAUGAAGAUAACAAAUUUCAAAACUUAAAUAUAAAAAAACAAAUCGCAAAUGUACAAAAGCUACAGGAUAAUUUAAAAAUGUAAUAUCAUCUCUAUAAACAUUUUUCAUCUCACGCACUAACCGAUUUGUCUCUUAUUUACAACCAACGUUGAACGUGCUUAGUCAAUAAUUAAUUAAAUUUUAACUUUCUUUCAUACAACAUCAUGGAACUUAAACAAAUAAAUACAAAUGGAACCGCUCUGCCUGCCUGUUUCGGCCAUCGCGGGGCUAGCGCAGGUUAUCCUGAAAACACAAUGGCCGCAUUCAAAGGUGCAAUAUUAGACGGAUCUGAGGGUAUAGAAAGUGAUGUUCAUAUCUGCGCUGACGAUGUUAUCGUUAUGUUUCAUGAUCCUGAAUUAGAUCGCUUGACUAAUGGUUCAGGUAGUAUCCCAGAAAAGCCUUACGUUGGUGAUAUAGAACAUAUACGUACCAUACAGACACCGCCUCAACCGAUUCCUAAGUUUGAAGAAGCGCUUGAAUUACUUAUGAAACCGGAAAAUAGACACGUGAAAUUCAAUAUUGACAUUAAGCCAAAUAAUCCUCCGGAAAGAUUAUUUUCAAUUAUGCAUAAGCAUAUAUCUCAGUAUCCUAAUUAUGAGAAUGAAUUAGCACCUCGUCUUAUCUUAGGUCUUUGGCAUCCAAAGUUUAUUCAACCUGCGAAAGAUAUUAUUCCAUAUGCAUACUUGGCUCACAUUGGCAUGAGUUUAUCUUUAGCACGCUCGCAUUUCUUCGAUCAUGUAAAGAUUUUAAGCAUGUCUUUUAGUUCUCUUAUGGGUAACGACGGUCAAACAUUCCUUAGAGAAUGUAAAAAAUCAAAUAAAGGUGUUAUGGUUUGGACGGUAAACAGUCGCUCAGAGAUGAUCGAAGCCUCGAAGUGGGAAGUAGAUGGUAUAAUUACAGAUGAAACUAAAUAUCUUGUUCAAUUACGUAAAGAUAUGUCAUCCCAAUUUGAGACUAUAGUUAAGGAAAAUGGCUUCCUAUUCCCGUGGUCCUCUAUCAAAUACUACAAGCCAAUGACAGAACUAGCUGCAUACAUGGAAAAGAAAUACAUUGAGAGUUACGGGGGUGAAAUCAGCGCCGCUGCUUAGAAUAAUUUGUAAUUUUUCAGCUAUUUUUCAUUUGCUUUAUCAUCAAUACACAUGAUUGUAGGUAUACUAAACUCUAAAGUCUUAGACGUCUGAAAAGUAAGGUAUUUACUCCGCGCUAUGUUGGAUGGCACCGUCAUAGUAGUUAAUAUAUAUAAAAAGUACACAGUUAGCUUGUAGAUAAUAUGACUGUAAUUAUUACUUUU